CAUACAUCAAGGAUAAAACUGACACCAUGGAAAACAAGAAUGACAUCAUGCCUCACAAAGGUGACAUACUGAACAAUAAAACUGACACCAUGGAUGACAAAAAUGAUACUGUGGACAAAACUGAAAUUGAAAAUAAAAUUCCUGGUACCAUAAAUAACAAUGAUGACAUCAUGGAGAACAAUAUUAAAACCUUGGAUAACACUGAUACUUUGGGUAACGUAAUUACUACAACUAUGAAUAAGAAUCAUGAUUCUGUUGAGGAAAAUACCGACACUGUGGAUAGCAACAUUGUAAAAUUAGAGAACACAUGCGGAACUGGCCCUACAAAUAACAACAUUGUGGAUAAUACAGACUAUAAUGCAAACAGAAUGGACACCACAGAUGACAUGUUUAAUAAUGUGGAUAACAAAAUCAACACAGGAACUCUGGAUUAUAACAGUGAUAUCAUGAAAAGGAGCCCGAUCAAAAUUGAAAGCAUGAACAGCAUAGUCAAUGGAAUUUCAGAUGACAAGACUGACACUAUGGAUUCCAACAAUGACAUCAAGGAAAAUGACACCACUAGAAUUGAGAGUAUGGAUAUUUUAGAUCAACCGACAAGCCAUAAUAAAAGUUUAAAGCAGGCCUCACAUAUUCAAAAGGAGUUGGAUCAUAUGAAAUCCAGAGCUGAUGACAAUGUUCUAAAUGAUAGAUCCAUUGACUGCCCUCCAUGUGUAGUAUCACUAUGUCAACUAGAGGUAAAGCGCAUGAAACCUUGCAACAAACAAAGAUCCAGUCUAAACAAAACAUCUCCAGUAUCUAAAGGUAGAAAAUCUUUGAGCAAACUGCAUCAAUGUAACGUGUGUCAGAAAUCUUUCAGCUGCAAAUCACACCUUGACAGACACACGUUACGUCAUAUAACUGAGAGACCUUUCAAAUGUAAAAUUUGUUCAAAAGCUUUUAAAACAAUACAUCGUGGCCUUGACCUUCACAUGAAAAUUCAUACGAUCAGAGAGAAAAAUUUCAAAUGUAACAUUUGUUUUAAAGCAUUUGUAUUUAAAAGUAGUCUUACAAAACACACGAGGACUCAUACUGGUGAAAAACCAUUCAAAUGUAAAAUAUGCUCGAAACAGUUUGCACAAUGUAGUAGCUUCAAAAAUCAUGCAUUCACACACAUUCAACCUAAGCCUUUCGAAUGUAAAAUGUGUCGUAAGACAUUCGCCCUUGAGAAAAGCUUAUAUGAACACGAAAUUAUCCACAAAAAAGAAGCGCCUUACAAAUGUGGAAUCUGCUCAGAAGUUUUUUACUCGGUGACUGAGCUUAAUGGUCACAUUAAGGUACACAGUGUAAAUGACAAAUAUAAAUGCACAGUGUGUCCACAGACAUUUGAUGAAAAGAUUAAGUAUGAAAAGCAUAAGAAGAAAUUUCACACUGAUAAAAAAGGAUUUGAAUGCACCAAGUGUUCCAAGAUAUUUUUCAAAAAAACACAUCUGAUAGGGCAUAAUAGAAUUCAUUCUGGAGAAAAACCAUAUCAUUGCAAAUUGUGUCCACGAAAAUUUGCAGAGAAAUGUAAUCUUUCAUAUCACCACAAGAAAUGGCAUGUUGAAGAAAAACCUUACAGGUGUGAUAUUUGUUCACUAAAAUUUGUUCGUAAAAGUGAUUAUAAACAACACUGUAUGACUCACACUGGAGAGAAACCAUUUAAAUGUGACAUUUGCCCAGGGAGAUUUUCAAGGAAAUCAAGUUUGAAUUCACAUAAGAGAGCAGUUCAUCAAGAAAAGCAAUUUAAAUGCCAGAUUUGUUCCAAAAAAUAUUCCACAAAAGAUGGUCUGAUAAACCAUACAAGAAUCCAUACUGGUGAAACACCUUUUAAAUGUGAAGUGUGUUUGGAAGAAUUUGCCCGCAGCUCUAAUUUGAACUAUCACGUAUUGACAAAUCACAUAAAUGAAAAAAACUAUAAAUGUCAAAUUUGCUCAAAAGCAUUUUAUAGAAAGCAUGAACUUGCUAUACAUAAUAGAACACAUACUGGCGAGAAGCCAUAUAAGUGUGAGUUUUGUUCUAAAAGAUUCAAUCAAAGCUCACAUUGUUACACCCACCAAAAACUGGUCCACAUGCGCAACAAAGUAGACUAGAUUUAAAGAUUUGUUAGUUCAAAAAUAAUAGUUAUUUUGUUAUAUUCUCGUAUAAGUACAUCCAUUGAUUUGAUUUUUAUAAGUAAUUUUUUACCUUAAGGUUUGUAAAUGACCUUCAUAAAAUAAAAAUGUAAAUUUACAGGGUGGGCAAAGAACAAUACGGUUAAUAAAUUAAAAAGGAUGUAAAAGUAUCAAAAAUGGUAUAUCUGUUUCACAUUAUGCAGCAUAUAAAUACCUUACUGUGAACAUGAUUUAAUCCAAAUAUAUAUGGUAAAUACUACAUCAUUGCGUUCAGUUUAGGAAACAACUGGGGGUGG